CGGAAUUAGAUGAAAUACCUUCUUUUGCAAAAUACAAUGUAACUGAUUCUUCUAACUUAAGCAGUGAAAACUCAGAAUUGAAAACAUUUUUUGACAGUGAGAAUUAUUUACAUGCAAGUUACCUAAUGAAGUGGUUUCAGUCUCUAAUAGAUUCUUUUAUAUUCCAUUUCCAUUCAACUUAUCCUGGACUCUCAGAGAUUAGAACUACUCAUAGUGGCCCUGCUCGCACUAUCAAACUUCUUUUCAAUUCUGAAUGGAUAAGCGUUGAUCUUGUUCCCGUUAUUUCAAUCGCAGCUAAAAAGUUACUCAAGUGCACUUUUUGCAAUGUUGCAAACUUUCAAGAGGAAUCAUUAGCAUAUUGUUUUUUGGUUCCUAAACCUGUUAAGUCUGAUUUGAGUUCUUUGUUAUCGAAUGAGGUGUUGGAAAGAGUGUGGCGUGUGCAUUUACCAGAAAUGGAGAAAAAUAUUAUUCAGAAAAAAAAUACCUUAAAGAAACUUAUAAAACUGAUGAAGUAUUUAAGGGAUCAAGAAAACUGGCCAAUUUGUUCAUAUUUCAUCAAAGUCAUGGCAUAUUGGCUUGUUAAGGAACACCCAGAUGCAAAGUGGUGGAAAGAUUCAAAGCUGGGAUUGCUUUUUGUUGAGUUUCUCAAAGCUAUGCAAGGACAUCUAGAUAAAAAGUUUCUCAGGCAUAUAUUGUAUCCUGCUUUUAACCUGUUUCAUUCUUUAAAUGACCGCACAAUGUUUAACAUGAAACAAAGAAUUCAAACUAUUAUAUCUCAGAUUGAAAUGAAUCCUAAAUACAUUCUUCGAAUUUACAAUGUUCCUAUUUUAAUACAUAGAAGCCUUUAAAAAGCACAUGGCAUUUAAUUUUGUGUAAAAUUGUGACGUGUCUGUCUUUUAUGCUUUGCAUUCAGUGCUGAUAUCUAUCGAAUAUAAAUGAAAAUGUCAUUAAAAUAUUUUUAUGCAUACAAAAAUUACUGUAUCCUGUAUAAUUGUAACACAUGAUUUAUAGAUUUGUCCAACUUUGCUCAUAAUAAUUUAUUUUUCCCAUCAUCUUUAUUUAUUUUUUUUACAAAAUUAUGCUAUUUCAUUAUUUAUAUACAUUUUUCAUACAAUUGCAUAAGAAAUGAA